UACUCAUCCUCUGAGUCUUUCCUUCUUUCUCCCUCUCAUUCCGUCUCUUAUCCAUCAUCCGCUCUCACCAUCUCUUCGUCUGUCUGCCCAUCUGUCGGUCUGUACUUUGGCUCUCUGGGUUUUUUUUCUUUCUUUGUAUAUAAGAGGCCGAGGAGAGCCCGAUCCAUUUUCCACUUUGCAUGUGCACUUGAGAAGGGACCGCCACUGAGGACAAAGGCGAGAGUUUGGCUUAAGGAACAAAAAGCAGAGGAGAUGAGUCUGUCCGCUGUCAUGCAGACAUCCACAGCCACCUCACACUCCCCAAGUUUGACCAAUAUGGGCUUUGGAAGGCAGACAGCGACACACUGGGGUUCGUCUAAUCACUAGAUGAGGGUGUGGUCAUGGGAACAGUGCUGGGAGACGGGUGUGGUCCUGCUGGGUUUCCUGACACUGGCAGUGUCUAUGGGGAACCUGUCCACGAGGGGGCUGCAGGAGGACGGUGUGGCCUCCAACAGUCUGGAGGAGGAGCUGGAGGUGACCACAUACUGGUGGGGGGAGUGGGCCAAGUGGACCGCCUGCACUCGUACCUGUGGAGGGGGAGUCAUGUCACAGGAGAGACACUGCCUCAAACAGAGAAAGAAAGUUGCUGCUGGGAAGGACAAUAUGACCUGCACAGGAACCGCUAAGAAAUAUCAUCUCUGCAACACUAAAGAAUGUCCUGCCACUGGGAGGAGCUUCAGAGAGGAGCAGUGCUGGUCCUUCAACUCCCAGCUUUACAAUGGGAGGAACUACCAGUGGAAACCUCUGUAUCCUGACGACUACGUUCACAUCUCUAGUAACCCCUGCGACCUCCACUGCACCACGAUCGAUGGCCAGAGGCAGCUGAUGGUGACGGCACGAGACGGCACUUCCUGCAAGUACAGCAGCUACCGUGGCGUCUGCGUGGACGGUAAGUGUGAGCCAAUCGGAUGUGACGGGGUGCUGUUUUCCUCUAACACCUUGGAUAAGUGUGGGGUCUGUCAGGGGGACGGCAGCAGCUGCAGCAGAGUCACCGGAAACUUCCGCCGUGGGGCCACGACUCUGGGUUACUCUUUUAUCACUCAAAUCCCUGAGGGAUCAUGGGAUAUCCAGAUCAUUGAGAGGAAGAAGUCAGCUGACGUUUUAGCUGUGACCGACCAGGCGGGGAACUUCUUCUUUAACGGGGCCUAUAAGGUGGACAGUCCUCAGAACUUCCACGUUGCUGGCACGGUGUUCAAAUACCGCCGGCCCAUGGAUGUGUACGAGACCGGGAUCGAGUACAUUGUCGCCAAAGGCCCCAUCGAUCAGGCCAUUAAUAUUCUGGUGUGGAACCAGAACGGUCGCACCCCAUACAUCACCUACGAGUACACCGUACUGCGGGACUCCCUGCCACCCAUCCCGCCUCCUCCCGUCUACACCGGAUCAGACACCUCAGCCGGUGAGGUGUCCGUGGAGAUGGGGAGUCUGCUGUCCCCCAACAGCAGUCUCUACGACCCUGCACUCCCUCAGGGCCAGCUGGACCCGGGAGCUGCAGACGGGCAGAAGGGCCAAGAGACAAAUGAGGUGUAUGAGGAGACGGCGGCCAUCGACUGCGACCAGGACGGAGCAGCUGCCCCAAAAUUUACAGAGGGAAACAGCAGCCACGCAGGCAGCACCGCCAACCCUGCCCCUGCCGGUGGACCCCUGGAUACAGGACCAGAUUCCCCAAACCUCAUCUGGAGGGUCCUGCUGGACGGCCGCAUAAACCCCGACGAGCUGUUUAUAAACAUCUCAACCAAUCAGCUGCUGACGGAGGGAGACGGUCUGUUCUCGUCUGAGCUGGGACCAGCAGAGGUGGACCUGAGCCUGGAGCGAGAAUUUGGUCUCAAUGAGACGCUGGAGUACACUCUGGGCCGCAAACGCAACGACAGCGCAGACACUUCAUACCAGAAUAAAACAGUGCAGAGCGGAGGGAGGACCUCCAGCCGCUCCAACAGAACCAGGGGGAAUCAGAGGCUCUACCAGAAGAACCUGAAACUGAGUGCUGCAGACAUGUAUCGCUGGAAACUUUCCUCUCAGGAGCCCUGCAGCAUGACCUGCUCUAUAGGAGUGUCAAAGUCCUUCGUCACAUGUGUUCGUUAUGACGGCAUCGAGGUGCACGACAUGUACUGUGACGCUCUGACCAGACCAGAGCCGGUCCACGACUUCUGUAUCGGCAGAGAGUGUCAGCCCAGAUGGGAGGCGAGCAGCUGGAGCGAGUGCUCCAGGACCUGCGGGGAGGGUUUCCAGUUUCGUCAGGUGCGCUGUUGGAAGAUGCUGUCGCCGGGCCUGGACAGCUCCGUCUACAGUGACCUCUGCACCAUGGCCGACCUGGAGAGACCUGUGGAGAGACGAGCCUGCAAAAGCCCCGCCUGUGGCCCACAGUGGGAGGUGGCCGAGUGGACCGAGUGCCCUGCUAAAUGUGGCCGUAAAGCGCAGGUGACCCGCGACGUCCGCUGCUCUGAUGAGACCAGACCGUGCGACCCGAUGACCAGACCUCCAAACAUCAAAAACUGCACCGGUCCGCCCUGUGAACGCCACUGGACUGUGUCUGAGUGGGGGCCUUGCUCGGGGUCGUGCGGCCAGGGGAAGAUGGUGCGUCAUGUGUACUGCAAGGCUCCGGACGGUCGCGUGGUUCCUGAGAACCAGUGCUCUGUGGAGAACAAGCCGCUGGCCAUCCACCCCUGUGGGGAGAGAGACUGUGCUCCACACUGGCUGAGCCAAGACUGGGAGAGGUGUAACACGACCUGCGGCCGCGGCGCGAAGCGAAGGAUCGUCCUCUGUGUCGGCAUCAGUGGAGGAAAGUUCCAGAUCUUUGACGACGAAGCGUGUGGAGGCAGCGAGAAGCCUGAAGAGGAAAACACCUGCUUCGAGAGGCCGUGCUUCAAAUGGUACACCACCCCCUGGUCUGAGUGCACUAAGACGUGUGGUGUGGGUGUGAGGAUGAGGGACGUGAAGUGUUACCAGGGCAGAGAGCUGGUCCGAGGCUGCGACCCCCUCACCAAACCUGUGGCCAAACAGACCUGCACCCUGCAGGCCUGCCCCACUGAGCCGCCAGAUGAGAGCUGCCAGGAUCGACCCUCCACCAACUGCCUGCUGGCUCUGAAGGUGAACCUGUGCAGCCACUGGUACUACAGCAAGGCCUGCUGCCACUCCUGCCGCGCCGUACGACCUCCACCCUCCUAGUCCAGGACACCGCAGCCUCUCUCCACCCCGACUCUAACUCCAGCAUGAGGAAAUACAAGGGUAUGUUUACUUGUACAGCAGUUACUGUGAAUACUGAGAGGAAGCUACAGAGUUGGAAACGCUUUUCUGUUUUUUUACGAAGCAGAACUUCCUCCAAUAACUUGGAUUUAUGUCGGUCCAUUUGUCAGUGGGAUAGUUUAAAUGAUCUAAAAUCAAAUCUGGUCAUCUCGAUAUCAGACGGACGUUUUGUCUCUUUAUUUGCUCUUUUUCAUAUUUCUUUUCCAGUUUAUUUUCUAAACACAUCAUCUGUGUAAUGAGAGACUGUGAGAGACGUGGGGAUGAGUAAAUAAAUAUUCCAUCUUUAUUCUAAGACUAACUUUUCUGAUGAAAGGACUCUAAAAUUGUAAAAGGCCGAUGAUGAUGUACCAAACAGUCACAGCCACACUGUGUGGACUGCUGAAGCCACACAGGUGUUUCCAGUUACUCUGGCCGAUUAGACCUCAGCACAGGUUCAGAAUGGACGGACGUAUAGCUACUUAAAGUACUAGAGUGACGAUGGUGUAAGUUCCCAGUGGUGGGUCCAGAGACAGAUGUCUCAAAACCUCGACAAUAAAACCAAAACUACCUGACUGGAUAGAAACCACUUAACGUAGGUGAGGGAACACCUACGUUCAGUCAAACACAAUGACACAGUCCUGGAGAAAGAGGUCAUCAGUCAAAACAAGUGAAAACACCUGUGAGGCUGUGAGGCCUUUACUAUUGUGCCUGUAAACAUACCUGGUGAGAAACAAGGCGGAGAUGUGAAGAGACAUAGAAUCACCUGCAGUGACCUCUCAGCAUGAGACAAGCUGGCAUCAGUGAAAUCUGAUAUUUAACAAGUAAUUCAACACUUUACUCUGUAAAUUUAAAAUGUAAAAAGCUUUUGGUCCCGACUGAGUCCAGCAGCUUUUUUUCCCCUCGUGAUCAUCAUGAUACAGAUUAACAUAUCUCAACCAUAAACCCUGUUUAUAACAGGAAACACUGAUCAUUUCUUCCUCUAACAACAUGUGGAGUCGGAGACAAAGUGGAGUCACCAGUCAAAUGGUCUCAGAGACCUCCGUCACCAGUUAGCAGCUUGUGUUCAUCGCUGCAAUGAAAAGAUCUAUUAAAUUAUUUCUCAACUGAAUAUACUGCAUGGCUAGAAUAUUUAAUACAGAUACUGUUUAUGAAAUCUUAUUUAAUUGUUUGGUGUCUGGCAUGGCCCAACAGGAAGUUUAAAAAAAAGUAUAUUUCCAUUCCACCCCCUGUCGUUUGGCGCCGUGCCGGCACGCCUGCAGGAUAUGGAAGCAUAUUUAUUAGUCAUAGCACAUUUUCAUUUAUCGUGACGCUCCUGAUGCCAGCCGAUGGUUAUUCAUCGGUUCAACUGAUGCCAGUUCUGGUCUGUGUGUGUGACAGGAGGAGAGAGUUAAUCCAAACACAGACAGAAAGAUUCCUGACACUUGAAGUAUGGUUGAAAUGUAUUCAUGUCUCAUUUUUAACUAUUGUGUACUGUGUUUUUAUAUAACUGAUACCUCUUUGUACAAAACGUAAGUAUGGAGAUUGUGUACUGUUGAUAAUAAACUGAAAAGCUAAUGGUACUGACUUGUAUUUCAAUUAAAUAACAGUUCAAAUGAA